AUGCCUAAACCAUUGUUCAUCCUUCAGCUCUCUCAUUACCCUGAUACAGAGCUAUCUCUUUCCUUUUGCAUGGUCCGACUCUUUAUACUCACACUUGCCACCCUAGCAGGGCUAGCAAAUGCACUGCCCGUGAACGAAGACAACCCUGCGUUGAUCCAGCCACGCGAUUCCUGUCAGCCCGUCACGGUUUAUACUACCACCGUGACUGCAACUUCGAUUAGCACAGUUAUUGUCACCAGUUCCACCCAACCAGUUGCCACAGCUACUCCACAAUGCACAGCACUCACAAUUAAGAAGUUCAGCAUAGGCGACACCGACCAAACCACUGUAGCUCAAGCAAACCUCUACUCUAGCAACGACAUUGUCAUCGAUAACCGACUCCCUCUUCGGUCCAUUCACCAACCGAUUCCCAUCAAACGAUACCUGGUACGGUCAAACUUCCAGUUUGUCCUUACCGUAUACCUGCGAUAG